CACACUCCGGCCUGGAGGCCCGGGGCAGGACGGCCCUGCUUCAUUGACCAGCCUCUGUCGCCAGUCGGCCGGGGGCAGGCGCCGCCAUGCGCUUCCGGGCUAAGAUCGUGGAUCUCGCCUGCCUCAACCACUUCAGCCGUGUAAUUAACACAAUCGCCAAGUUAGCCAAGACCUGCACUCUGCGCCUCACUGUCAGCAAGCUGUAUUUCAUCCUCUCCGAUAAAGUAGCAAAUGGAGGUGUCAGUAUGUGGUGUGAGCUGUGCCAGGGGAAUUUCUUCGAUGAAUUUCAGAUGGAAGGAGCAGCUGCAGAACACAAUGAAAUCUAUUUAGAGUUGGUGCCUGAAAACCUUUCAAGAGCAUUAAAAACUGCCCAGAGUGCUAAGGCGGUGAAGAUCAAGCUGAUGAACAAACACUGCCCCUGUCUCAGAGUUGCUGUGGAGCUACCAUCCUUAUCAAGCAGCAGUAGGAUUGUGACACAUGACAUUCCUGUAGGGGUUAUUCCCAGAAGAUUAUGGAAUGACUUCAGAGAGCCAAGUGUGCCAGACUUUGAUGUCAGUAUUUACCUACCAGUGCUGAAAACAAUGAAGAGUGUUGUGGAGAGAAUGAAGAAUCUCAGCAAUUCCAUUGUGAUUGAGGCAAACUUGAAUGGCGAAAUGAAUUUGAAAAUAGAAACUGACUUAGUGUCUGUAACAACACAUUUUAAAGACUUGGGAAAUCCUCCCUGGGCAUCAGAGGAUGGAUGUCCAAGUUCUGCUCCAGACAGGGAUUUGGAAAGUAUGGCCGAGGCACGCAUAGAUAUCAGGAAACUGCAGCAGCUGCUUGCUGGACAGCAGGUCAACCCCACAAAAGCAUUGUGCAAUAUUGUAAGUAAAAGAAUCGUCCACUUCAUCUUGCUCCAUGAGGAUGUUUCACUUCAGUAUUUUAUUCCAGCACUUGCCUGAAUGUUUUGGAGUCUAGGUCAUUUUCCAACCAAAGGCCUUUUCCACGAUGCCUGAAAACUUUGAGUUGCUGGAGUACUCAUGUGACAUGCUGUUAGGUGCAGCCAUCGGAUGGACAAUACUUCUGUAUUUAUGAAAUUACUCAGAAGAUCUCAUCUAGAAGGCCAUUUCUGUGAAGAGUUACAUGCUGUGAAGCAGGCAGUGCUGGGAAUCUGACAUGUAUGAGUGUUACAGGGGGCAAAGCUGAAAUUUUUAAGUGCUUUUGGGAUGCUUUGAGCUACAGAGAAGCAAUGUAAUACUAUUUUUUUCAUUGACAAGAGAGGUAGAAUUGAUGCCUGGAGCUUUUGCUGGGUGUACUCAGCUCCAAGGUAGGGGAUCUCUGAGCAGCCUUUCAUACCUCCAUGGAGCAGGAAAGCCCUCUGGAGGGCUAAUAGACUGGUAUUUGCCAGGACAGGUAAGCAUAGACUUUGUGAAGUAGUACUGGAUUGACUUUUGUUCCAGCAGCGAUGAUGCUAGUGCAUCAGCAGAAAUGUGUCUGAAGCAGGGAAACUUCCUGUGGCUGCCAGCAUGGCACAGGGUUGAACAAAUGUCAAGGAGAACCAACAGUUCAGCAGUAUCUGUUUGUAGCAGGGUUUGUUUGAUCUCACUUGCUCCAACAUACUUCAGUAUCUGUCAGUGCUUGAACUUGUGUGCUUAGCUCUUGGCCUAAGAGGAGGAGAUAAACGGUUUGGAUUACCUUGUUCAUGUGGGCAGUGAAGGUCUCAAUGUACAGAAUGAGUAUCAUGUGAAGAUGUGUGAACACAGCAGCUGGUGUGUGUGGUGGGCAAGUUUUCUGUGGAUCACAUUUUUUUCUCUUUCUGGAUGGAAAACAUUGUACAACCUAUGGCAUUACCCAUGAAGAGACUGCAACUAGGCUAUUAUACUGAGCAGCCAAGAGCAUGACUUAAGUCUCACUGACAGGAGUAGUGCCCCUGCUUCCUGGUUAUGUUCUGAGGUGUUUUCCUUCUUAUUCCACCUGUGAUUGUACUACUUAUUCAGCAGUGUUCUCACAGCCUUUGGUGUUCCACAGGGUUUUCAAUAUCUUGUGAAACUUAAAAAUACUAAAUCUUUGCUGGGUCCAGGAGUUUCUGCUAGACUACUGUCUAGCUGUUGUUGUUGCAAGAAGUGUUGGCUUUGGGGGUUUCAUUUUUGUUUCUGUUUUUUCUCCCUCAAGGGACACUGAGCUUAAUGGAGCAACUAAUCUUUGCGCUUGCAGGUGCAAGUGGUCAAGAGAAGUCUCAAGCAGUGGCCUGAAAAUGUGUUUCUGUGCCUUCUUCCACCAUUUCUGUCAGACUAAACAGAAAGCAUCCUCAAAAUCCUGCUAGUUUUGACAGGCAACUGCAUUUACCCACAAAGGCUGCUUGAGAUGGAAAUAGCUGUACAGCAGGUUACAGCAUUUGCAGGGUAAGAGGUGUGUGGUAAAUAUUCCAGGGUUUUCUCCUGAGGAGAAGGGAAUAACUGCAGAGUGUGGUACAGAGCAUACAGUAUAAAUGUAGGCUUUGAAAUCUUUGGGUUUUCUCCUUUGAAAAAUGCAUUCUGCAUAACCUGAUAGAAAUGGCUUCUGCUGGGGUAGCAGAACAACUAGGGGAAUAUUGGCCUCCUGGCUAUGGGGGCUCUAUGACUGCUAUUUUUAAAAGAAGUUACAAUUGCAAGAGAAUGUG